GGAAGCGGAAGCAGCGAGAGGCGGCGGGGCCGGAAGUGGCGGGAGGCGACGUGUGCGGAGCGGAGCCGGUGCGGGAUGGAGGGGCUGUACCAGCAAACCAACAAGCAGGUCCAUGAGGUCCAGUCUUACAUGGGGCGCCUGGAGACUUCAGACAAGGAGUCAGUGCACUUGGUAGAAAAUGAGAUUCAGGCAAGAAUAGACAACAUAUUCAGCAACUUGGAACGUUUGGAAAUCCUGUCCAGCAAAGAACCUCCCAACAAGAGGCAGAAUGCCAAACUGCGAGUGGACCAGCUGAAAUACGACGUGCAGCACCUGCAGACAGCCCUGAGGAACUUCCAGCACCGCCGGUACCUGCGGGAGCAGCAGGAGCGGCAGCGCGAGGAGCUGCUGGCCCGCACCUUCACCACCAACGACUCUGACACCACCAUCCCGAUCGACGAAACCUUGCAGUUUAAUGAAUCCCUGCAGAGUGCCCACCGAGGCAUGGAUGAGCUUAUUGGCAGUGGCACCAACAUCCUGCAGGGGCUGAGGGACCAGAGAGUCACACUAAAGGGCACUCACAAGAAGAUCCUGGACGUUGCCAACAUGCUGGGCCUGUCCAACACGGUGAUGCGGCUGAUCGAGAAGCGCGCCUUCCAGGACAAGUUCCUCAUGCUGGGGGGCAUGGCCGUCACCUGCCUCAUCAUGUUCCUCGUGGUGCAGUACCUGACAUGAGCUGCUGCCCUCCUGCAAGAGGACUGUCUCCAGGACUGGCUUUCCUCUGGGUGCUGCUUUGGGUGAGCCCUUCCCGUGGACUUCAGAGUUUACAAAUCCCACUUGGAGAGCACGUCGGGAAAUGGAUGUGUCUGGGGACGCUGUGCUUGAGCAUGGCCCUGUGAAAAUAACCCCUGGCCUUUACUGCUCUCCCCUCAAGCCUGCAGGUUUAAUGGUCUGGUUAAUAGGAAGCAGAAAUGCCCAGCUGUAGCAAGGCAGGAAUGUCCCUUUGGGCACACAGGGAUGGGAGGGUGCAAAGGCACAGCCUAGGAUGCAGUGAGUCUUUCCUGUGCUGGCCAGCACUGACCUGAGCCCUGCAUUUUGCAGUGCAGGAACGGCACAGAGAAUUUCACAGUGUUCAUGGGCCUGAGUUCAGCCUGUGGGACUGAGCCUGAAAAAAGAGUUGGGAAGUAAAGGGCUCCCAUCUGUGGUUCCAUUUGCUUGGAGGAGGAGGAGGAUGUGUGGGGAAGAGUCUUAGAACACGGUUAAAACCUCAGUUAACUUCACACACAGUAUUAACCAGCACAGAUCCCUCUGGUUUAGGCUGAAAUGCUGCUCUGCUCAUCUGAGGGAUGUUGUGGUACCUCUCUGCCCUGCUGCUUCCCAGGGGAUGCUGAGUGCCCGCUCCCUCCUACUUCCACUGGGAUGCACGUCAGGCCUGUGCCAUCUCCCUAGGCCUUCUGCCAAAUCCAGCCUCCAAAAAUGACAUUUCCAAUGCUGGAGCACAGAGGUGUGGGGAGCUGUGUUCAUUUCCUGAGGUGCUGGCUGGGUUUUUGGGGCUCUGGAGCUGGAACUUGUGAGUGGAUGGAGCAGGUGAGUCCCGCUGUGCUCCCUGGAGGUGUUCACAGAGCUGGAACAGGUUCCUCACCCCAGAGGAAUGGUGGGAUCAGCAAAACAGGCCUGGAAAUCAGCCUGGUCAGGAGAGUUUCCUCAGGUUUGUGCCUUGGGGUGGUGACGUCCCCAUCCGUGGGAAGGGCAUUCCCUGUGGUCCCCUUUGCACCUAUGGAGUCACUGUGAAGGACACUGUCACCUCCCGGGGGUGGGGCUGCCUUGCACUCGUCCCUUGGGGUCGUUCCCUGUCCCAGUGAAACAUUUCCAAUGUGAGAUCCUCACCUCAGUCUGGCACAGCUUCCCCUGCAGCCUGGGGUGUCUGAUAGACAGGGAUCCCAGGGAUCCUGGGAUUUUGGGCAUCAUCCAUUUCAAUCACCCUACAGAUCCAUUCCCUCUCCAUGUGUGGCAAGUCUGGAGCAUUCCCCGAUAUCCUACAGUGGCACAGAUGUCUCAUGUCCAGAGGAUGUGGCCUCGUGCUGGCAAUUCCUCCCCUGUUUCCUGUCUGGAAUGGUUGUGGGUCUCUGGAUCAGUAACUAAUCACAAGUUCUGCGUUCUCUCCUCACUGCAUUGAGCUUUGCUUUCAUUAUGUGCCCUGUUGCAAACUGGGAGAAAGGGUUUUAAUGACUGAAAAAAUUUUAGAAGGAAUUUUAGGGAAUAUGUGCCAUGAGACAGGGCCAUGCUGGGGAGCAGAGCUGGGGUGGGGCCCAGCCAGACACCCAGAGUGACCAGUGGCCCCUGUUCAUGGCCUUCUCCAUGUGUUUGAUACUUCUGAAGUGUUUCCUGCUCUUGGAGUUUCCCAUUUGUCCAGGUUUUCCAAGGAAUUACUGUAGCAGAGCAAGCAUGGAACUUGUUUUCAUUUGAGGCCAAGGGAGUAAGGAAUUAAAAGGAAAAGAGGGAAUCUGCAGUGAUGGAGCAUCUGUCUUGCUGUGUAAUAGAAAUCAUAAAUCCAAAUUUGCCUGAAACUUAAUUUGGAUGUGAAAUCUGAUGGAUUCAGCCUUUGAGAGGGCAGCUGAGCACUUGCAAAGGGUCCCUGGCAAAUCUCAGUUCCCAAUUCCAGUGGAUUUUACCGUGUUGGGGUUUAAGGGUGUCAUUGUUUAAAGUUUCUGUAGUUGUGACCUGGUGUAGCAGGGUUUGUCUUACACCAAGGUGGGACUCUGGCCAAUCUCUUUCCUUUUGGACUGUGGUAGGAGCCAUAAGAUACCUGGAACUGGAUUGUUUUUCUGUUUCUGAGCCUAGCUUGGCAUUUUAAUAGAUGUUUUCCUGUUGAUUUAUUUUGCCUUCUGGAGUCUCCUUGUCCCUGCACAGGCUGAUUUCCCCUUGGUGAGCCAAGUAUCCUUGCUACCCAUGGCACCCAAAGGUGACACAUGGGGCUUGAAGGAACCACCUGGGGAGCUGGAUUUGGGGACAUCAGGCACGUUUGUAGUGUCUGUAAAGUCCAAAGAGAUUUCCAAGGGCAUCUCAGGUGGUUUGUGUGAAACCCAAAAUCCUCCACUGCCCUGGGACAUGGCAGGGACACGGGUGGUUCCUUCAAGCCCCACAUCUCCCCUUUGGAUGCAGUGGGAAAUGAGCUGGAGCUGGUGGGAUCGUGGUCCCUGCCAAAGGAAAUGAGCUGGAGCUGGAGCCCGGGAGGCUUUGCUGCUGUAGCUUGGUGGUGUUUCCUUCCUCACCAAACACCUCCCUUCUGCUUCCAAACUGUGGCACGAGUUCCAGCUCUGGGGUGAGCUGCUCUCUCAGGAGGGGACUCUGGGAAUUCACUUGCCUCUGGAAUAAAACUUUUUACCAGUAUUUUAUACAUAAAGGAGCAAGGGUGGGAUGUGAUUCAUGUGAUGUUCUGUGA